CAUGACCAGGCGCCUAGUCUUUUAACAAAUGAUAUCAAAUUUUUAAUUCCAAAUUUAAAUAUUACAUGCAUUAGAGAACAAAACAGCAAUAACAUUUACGAAACAAGUUUGGGAUUUUCAGCAGAAGAAAUAUUAGUUGGUGGUGCUUUAAUUAUUAAGAAUGUUUCUGAUUAUUCCGAAAACACAUUGGAUUUAUUAGAAGCAAAGGUCAUAAGGAUUAUUAAUGAGGUUCGCUGGAGCUACAAAAAUUUAUUUACAGAGACUAUAAUUGAUUCUAGCUUUCCUAUCAUUGAAGAUUUGGAAGGAAACAAUUUAAAUAAUGCUGAAAAAUUAAGAGCAUAUGUUGAAGAAAUAUAUGAAUAUAAAAAUGUAUCAGUGAUUGCGUAUUAA